UUCAAAACGACACGGAACUGACACGUUUUAUAAUAUUGAGCUUAUCUUAAGCCCAUACUAUCUAGUUUUUACACGCAGAUCAAUGCAAACAGAACAAGAAACAUCUCCAUAAAACCAACCGGCCAAGCCUCCAACUUUCACCGCCAAAAACCCUCAUUUUUUGCUCCAAAAUAAGCGAAAUAAUGGAUCAUUCCGGACCCGAAAACCUCAUCCUCGUAUCCCGUGAUCCGGACGGCGUCGCUAUCAUCACAAUCAACCGUCCCAAAUCCCUCAAUUCGUUGACCAGGUCCAUGAUGGUCCGUUUGGCCCAUGAGAUCAAAGCUCUGGGUAUUGACGACUCGGUGCGGGUCAUCAUUCUAACUGGAUCUGGUCGGGCGUUCUGCUCUGGCGUCGAUCUGACUGCAGCGGAGGAAGUAUUUAAAGGAGACGUGAAGGAUGUGGAAACCGAUCCCGUCGCGCAGAUGGAGCGGUGCAAAAAACCCAUAAUCGGAGCGAUUAACGGGUUUGCAGUAACGGCCGGGUUUGAAAUUGCCCUAGCGUGCGAUAUUCUGGUAGCUGCUAAAGGAGCCAAAUUUAUGGAUACUCAUUGUAGGUUUGGAAUAUUUCCUUCAUGGGGACUGUCUCAAAAGCUUCCACGGAUUAUAGGAGCUGGAAGGGCGCGUGAAGCAUCACUAACUGCCAUGCCAAUAAGCGCAGAGCAGGGAGAGAAAUGGGGAUUGGUUAAUUAUGUAGUUGAAGGGAGUGAAUUAUUAAAGAAAUGCCGUGAAAUUGCAGAGGCUAUUAUAAAAAAUAAUCAAGACUUGGUGUUGCGAUACAAAGCUGUUAUUAAUGAUGGAUUGAAGCUGGACUUGAAUCAUGCUCUUUCUUUAGAGAAGGAAAGGGCACACGAUUACUACAAUGGAAUGACAAAGGAGCAGUUUAAGAAGAUGCAGGAGUUCAUAGCUGGUCGUGGAGCUAAGAAAGCUUCUUCUAAAUUAUAGUUUUGAUUGAUUAGUUGCCGUUUUUAUGGCAGAAAUAAACAAGUUUGCUGGCCCUUGAAAGUCUGAAAAUGACCUGUAGAUUUUUGUGUUCUUGCAUUAUGAAUUUGUGAUGAUUUUGGGCUCAGAUACAAUGUUUGGGAGAUUCCACCAAUAAUCCUUGAAAAUUAAUGAUCCUUGAAAAUUAACAAAUAAUCCUUGAACAUUAAUGAUUGUAUAAAUAUCAAAAUUGGGAUUCCAAUCUACUCUACUAUUGGAUUUAGGUUUGAACCAACAUGAACUCAGGUUAACAAUAUAAUGGAGCAGUGGGAAAAUUUCCAAGCCUAAUGCUUUACAAAUUUAAUUUAGGUUUAAGGUUAAGAAUAUAUUUUCUAUUAUGCUUCAAAGAUUGCUCAUAGAGCUUGAGCAUGUGGAUACUAAAUGUUCACAGUGUCUUUAUGUCCUAAAUCCAUGCUCUUUGUUAUACCUAUGUAUGAUGCUGAGGAAAAGAAGUAUCUUCGACACAGGAAAUUUGAGUUAGAAUAUAUUUAUGAAUCCAGAUGAGAUUUUUCAAGGUUGGCUGACUAGCCAAGUAUAUUUGGUGAGAUGAAUAGCCGUGAAGUCCAGAUUUAAUUAAAUUUAGUAUAGUCUGUAAGAUGCAGUAAAAAAGGAUCAAUUUUGAUAGAACCCAAGUCAAAGUAGUACAUGUCCUACAUGAUAAGAAGUGGAAUAGAAAAUAGGCAUUUUCCCUGAAGAAUAUGGGCUGAUUUAUGCUGUGGAAAGCAGGUUUUGCUUACCUAACUUUAGCUGUAAUGGUUAUCUAAAAUAGAAAUUCAUUGUUUGGUGAUUUAAUAAACAAGGAAAUAGAGAAAAUGGAUUUCUGAUUUAUAUCAUGUGACUAAUCAGUUAUCACAUGAGAUAUUAAGUUUAAUAUUUGGGAGGACUGUACAAAAGUCAGAGAAAUAUAAUACUCAAUUCAGGAUCACAUGAGAAGCUGCUUCCAAGUUCUAACCUAUUAAAGAACAAAAGCCACAUUACUAAGUACUGAUAAAAAUAAAGAAUAAAAUCACCAUAAUAUAUCUGCUAAAGAUAAUAUGAUCAGGACAGAGACAAGUUAAAUUAUGUUUCUACUAGUUUAAACUCGAAUUAUAAGUGGAUUCCUACCGUGUACAUUUUUGUGACGUCAUUGUUACUUCACCUUAGUAUAUGCCUUAAGAUAUAUUUUAGUUUUAUUGUAUCCUUGGUCCAACUAAUACUGAUCUUCUUUGGAAGUGAUUUAGAUCUACUCCUUUUAACCUAAGAAGCUUGAUUAUAGCAAAGUCUCUGUCCGUUAUCUUGGUUAUUUCUCUGUAGUUCGGCUUAAGUAACUUAAAAACACCUGAUGCAUGGUUAGAGAUGGGAGUCUUUUAAGUACCAAACAUCAAUUAUACUGUCACCACCUUUCUUGAAAAGAUAGUCAGAUUUGAGAGUAAAACUCGUACACUGCUUCCUUUCUUGAAAAGAUAUCAUCAUAUGUCCUACCUUCAAGACAUCAUUUCUUGUUUCAUCUUCUUUCCUGGAGAAUAACAUGAGAACCAGUAGAAUUUUGGCUGUUCUAUUUGCCUUGAUUAUUAUUCACGUUCUCAUGUCUUCUCUACUGUUCUUCCACCAUGAUAGAGAGAUCCGUCCAGAAGACAGAAAUAUAAGGAGACUGCUAGUGUCUGUCUCUUCAUUUUCAUCGAACAUAAGCAAUUUAAGUGGAGCCAUUAAAGAUCCCCAGAAAACUCUGGAGACAAGUCAGAGGAAGGCACCACCAAGCCUUUCAAAUCCUACUCAGAACAAGUAAACUCAGCAGUAUUCAUGUAGAGAUCUCUAAAAGAAAGAGAAACUCAACUCUCGUUUAAAAUUUUCGCAGCUUCUAUUUCCUCCGUAGUUUCAAUUUUUAGUAGAUAGACGAAUUGGAUCCCUAUACAGUCUUUAAAUGCUAGGGAUUUGUAAUUUAUUUGUCUUUCCCCAGGUUCUUGUUUUCAUAGUACAUUUUGAAAGAUGUAAGGUUGAACUGUGUUAAUUGGAACACUGUUUAUUCCAAAACAAAUGUCGGGUUCUUGUUUUUUGUGAGUUAGUUAUUUCAAAACUAACAGUCUGACUGAUUAUUCUGCUACUAAUUGGCUCAAUCCAUGUGUUUUACAUCCUUCUUUCUACUCAUAUCGAUUAAUUUUCCUUCAUUUUUAUUCUAAAAUUUUGCAGAAUAUGGAACUUGAUGAAAUUUGCACAUGAACUGGCUUCUGUCAUGUUGUUGUUUACCAGUUCUUCAUGUAGCUUCAUGUGAUGUGUAGGGAUGGAUGCUUAAAUUCUUUUUGCAAGAAGCCAAUGCAAAAUGGAUGCACAUGUUAAAUCUUCCAUAUAGCACUUUGCUGUUAGAAUUUGCAAAUCCUUUUAGAUAGAGGAUAAAUCUUACAGCCAAAACGGUAUGAUGAUUCUGUCUCUCUCUCUCUCUCUCUCUCUCUUUCCCUUUCUCAACUCUGUUGCCCCCAGCAUAAUAUAACUUUUGCCCUGGUUUACCACGCAUGCUUCUUGGAAUGCUCAUGUACUUAAGUUCAUCAUCUUAAUUUUCUCUGGUUUCAGUAAUCUGCUAGUUAAUACCUGGAGCCUUGACAGCUUGACUGCUUGUAGGAACUGCUGCAGUUCUAAUAUUUAAGCUGAUAGAGACACUGAGACACGCUGUGGUUUUAGCUGUUGCAGAGUUAAAUAUGGGCAUGACAUUAAUGCCAGAGAAAGAGAAUCUUGGUGAACGUGAUAGUUCUUAGAGGAGACCAUUACUGGAAGAAGCGGCGACUCUCAAAUUGGGAGACAAGAUUAGGUAGUCAAUGGGAGAGCUUUUAUAAGAGUAAGCAAAGGUAAUUAUACAGCAAGUGGACCUCCUCUCCGUUCCCCUGUGCAAAGGACCAAGACAGUUCGCUUAUUGCAGUGUCUGUCCUUCCUUUGUUUCAAUUUCACGAUUUUUCCAGCUUUACUAGCUGAAUUGUAUUCAAC